UAUAAGUGAAUCAGUCGUAGUGUUUCAUAUUUUAGUCACUAGAGUGCAUUGUAGUAUCCAGUCAUUAAGGUAAUGUUAUGUUGGAACACGUGUUGCUGUUCUCGAUUGUGUUGUAGGUUAAAAUUGUAAGAAUUAAUAUCAAUGUUUAAUAUUUUUAUAUAUUAAAAUCAUAAAUUUAGCUUUUUUCCCAUGUUAUAAAUUCAUUUUUAUAUGAAUAAUAAUAACAAGUAAUAAGAAAACAUAAAUCUAACCUAAAAUAUAACCAUAAAUCUAACCUGUCUAUGCAAGUGUUUGCAAGUUUUAUUUAUUAAUGCACAUAUAUUAUUUUAUUUAAUUUGUAAAAUAUUAUUAUAUUGAUUUAAUUUGAAAAAUCAUGACUAACGAAACAAUUAUGGAAGAAAAUGUAGAAGAAAGUGAAAAUAUCAUAACUAAUGGAACAACAGAAGAAAAAGCAGAAGAAAAAGUAGAAGAAGAUGAAACUACAAAAACAGAUUUCUUAAUAUUAGGUUCUAAGAGUCAUAAGAAAAAGAAAGAAGUUAAAAGAGUAUUACCAAAUUGGUUAGCAAAUCCAGAAAUAAUAUGUGCAGAUUUAAAUAGUGGUCCAACAUUGGAAGAAGUUAGUUUCUUAGAACCACAGCUUAAAGAAAUUUUGAGAGCUAAUGGAAUAGAUAAAUUAUUUCCAGUACAAGUUAGUAUAAUGAAUUGGUUAUCGAAAUGCGAAGAAGACAGAAGAAAAUUAGGAUAUUGGCCACGAGACGUUUGUGUAUCUGCACCUACAGGCAGUGGUAAAACCUUGGCAUACGUAUUGCCAAUAAUACAACAAUUACAGUCUAGGUUAGUACCAAAAAUACGUUGUUUAAUUGUAGUGCCAGUGCAAGAAUUGGCUUUGCAAAUUCACAAAGUCGUCCUCACUUAUACGUCUCAUACAAAUUUAAAAGCAGGUUUGAUUACGGGUGCUUCAUCAUUUGAACAGGAACAAAAUAAUUUAAUCAGAAAAACUAUUUCAGAUGAGUAUGUAAGCUCAGUAGAUAUACUGAUAGCUACACCAGGACGUUUAGUUGAUCACAUAUUAAAAACUCCUGGAUUUUCUUUAGAAUCUCUUCGUUAUCUUGUUAUCGAUGAAGCUGAUCGUGCAACAGAAUGGUUGCAAUACAUCCCUGAACUCCAUUUAAAUGCACUCCCAUUGACCUUAGAAAAUUUAUCUUCAAGUCCACCGUUUGCUCAGAAAUUAUUGUUCAGUGCAACUUUGACGCAAGAUCCUCAAAAACUAAAUCAAUUUCGGCUCUUCCAACCCAUACUCUUUACAUCAGUGAUAGUUGAUAAAGAUACUGAUGUAAAUUUGGACGAAGAAGUUGGUAAUUUCAUUGGACGUUAUACAAGUCCUGAAGAAUUGAAGGAACGUGCUGUUGAGUGUUCUCCUGAAUUUAAACCUAUAGCAUUACGUGAAAUUUUACUACGAAAGAAACAUUUUCGCAAAACUUUGGUAUUUACUAAUUCCACUGAGUCAGCUCACAGAUUGUCCUUACUAUUGCGAUUACUUUUAUCUGAGAAAAAUAUCAUAGUCGAAGGACUUUCCAGUAGAUUAAUAGCUAAGCAACGAGAAGAGAUUUUGAAUAAAUUUGCAUUGGGUGAAAUUAACGUUCUCGUCAGUUCAGACGCCUUAGCUAGGGGGAUGGAUAUACCAAAUCUUCAAUUAGUAGUAUCCUACGAUCUUCCCAAACACAUCAAAGGAUAUAUAAACAGAGCUGGGAGAACGGGACGAGCUGGUAAAUCAGGUACUGCAAUAUCUAUUUUAACUUCCAAUCAAAUUGGUAUAUUUAAACAUAUGUUGAGUUCUGCUCAUAAACCUUUACCAAAAAUAACAAAAAUGGAAUUAAAUGAUAUUGCUGAUGAAAUAAAUUACGAAGAUCAUUUAAAUAAAUUAAAAGAUCUUCUAGAGGAAGAGAAAGUCAUUACUGUAACUAAAAAGAAAUCUAAGAAACGAAAAUACAGUCAAAUAUCAGAUGGGAAAAAUAAUAAAUAAUAUUAUUUUAUGUACGUGUGUGUUUUUGUAUAUAUAUAUAUAUAUCUUAUUAUUAUGUUUCUAUUUAGAAAAGUAAUUUUCCUGUAAUAUAAUAGGUAAGAGUAAUGUUGUAAAAUACAUUUGAUAGGGUAACAUCGAUAAUAACAUUUUAUUGUCUGAAGUUAAUAGUAUCGUACAUCAUGCUUAUACCCUACCGCAAAUAACUCUAGGAGCAGCUGAGAUAAUCUUCAAAUAAUUUUACUAAUUAUUCAUCAACGGCUUUAUUUUCGUCGAAGGCAGAUAUUAUAUUCACAAAAUCUUUUCUUCUCUUUCUCUUUCUCUUUCUCUCUCGUUUCUUUCUUUUUUAAUUUAUAAAAGAUAAAUGAUCAU